AUGCUUAGGAGAUCUCUCAAGUCCUCCACACGGCCCAUGAGUGGUUUUAUCUGCUUAUCUUGUCUAGUCGCUGAAGUUGGGCUCCGUGCUCAUGCUCUUCCCUCGUUUCGUCGCUCUCUCACUACUGCCCAUGUGAGCUCCGAACCAACAAAUCCAUCUGUAAUAGUCAACAUAAAAUAUCCCCCUCCAACGCAGGGAAGUGGGACGAUUUCGUUGGCAUUGAAGGCAACCCCGGGAAGCGGUAAAAAACCAAAGAAAAAGGCUCAUAAACCGAAGAAAGCCGGAAAAGUUGACAAGGAACAAGCAAACGCGAACCCCUCUCCGGGAAGACAUUUGGACAGUAAAGCAGCUGUCAAACCGCAAAAAAAACAGGGGUCGCAUGCACCUGCAAAACUACAGUCGAGGACAUCUCCUAGUCGACCCAGAAAAGAUCGACCUUCCCUUCAUCAUGCCCGUCAGGACAAUGCGAUUUUCCAUUCCGCUAAAAAUGCUCAGCACCCAAGACACACCAGGCAGCAAAUGGAGAAUGUCGCUCCACCGAGGUCCCCGCGAAAAAAGCGGGAGAAGCACCCCCAAGCAACAGGUGGCACACAAAGCGGCAUUCUGGAGUCGACAAGUUUAUCAUUAACCCCUCUUAGCAUUGAGGGUGCACCGGUACCGAGACUCUCGUAUGGUUUAGAAAGGGCAUUGUUCAACCCUGGUGUUUACCAUCUUCAGGACCCGAGGACGCGAGUAUACAACUUUGAUCCCUAUCUGGGAUCGAUCAUGCCCGUCAAGGAAUUCGACUUCUCCGCACUCAAUGAGUACAUAACUUCCUCCCGGGAUGACGGGCUGCGCAAGUUGGCCGUUUGCCACGGCAAGAAAUACAUAGGGUCUUCUUCAAGCAUGACAUCCGUGCUGUCACAUUUCCACUAUUUGCUGUCCGCCUGGCGGCCCUUAAACACUAGUUCUCUUUCACAAGGUUUUUCUGACGUAGCAAAGAACUUCACAAAGAUUUUGCGGGCGCCGUCCGCAGUCUUUUUACGUUAUAAGGAUGGUGUCUACGCUAUCGAUGCGGACAAGGAAUAUGACAAUGCGAACAUUCUGAUGAACCUGGGCAGGUCGAUGGAGAAACUACUUACUAUGCCUACGGAAGAGUUCGAGCGAUACCGGCGAUCGAGUACCGACAAAGUUAUGCCUGACACUGUUUCGCCUGAAACUUAUCAUUACACCACCUGCGGCAACUUCCUUAUGAGGGCACAACUAGAUGCCUAUGACCCCCGGCUUCCAGGAACCGGCAUGUUUGACUUGAAGACUCGUGCUGUGGUAUCGAUCCGGAUGAAUACGAAGCACUACGAUCGUGGGCUUGGGUACCAAAUUAAAGGCCGAUUUGGGAAAUGGGAGUCGUUCGAGCGCGAGUACUUCGACAUGAUCCGCGCGGCGUUCCUGAAAUAUUCCCUCCAGGUCCGCGUCGGUCGUAUGGAUGGCAUCUUCGUUGCUUUCCACAACAUUGAACGCAUCUUUGGCUUCCAAUAUGUCAGCUUGCCCGAAAUGGACCUGGCCCUUCACGGUCAAACGGACACUGCCCUCGGUGACGCGGAGUUUCAACUCAGUGUCUCCCUCUGGGACAAAGUUUUAGCCAAGGCUACAGAAAAAUUCCCCAACCAAUCGCUACGCUUCCAUUUUGAGACCCGUGAGACUCAAAUACCCUGCAUGUAUGUAUUUGCCGAGCCCGUGACGGAGGAGCAAAUCGAAGAGAUUCAAAAUCGCAAUAAGGCGGAAAUCGAGAAUGUCCAAAAGAAACUAUUAUUCCCCGACGAACUCGAGCAGGAAGGUGAAAAUGCACUAGAAAAGGAAGGGACAUCCCUUCAAGCAUCAUCAUCAGAAACUAGCGCUGAGGAUGGUGCAUCGGCGUCAGGAAUUGCGGAUGACGCUCCUGAGAGGGAAAUUUCUGGCGGCGAAGCGGCAGCCGACUCCCAUACUGGCGAUCCCGUGGACCCCUGCACGAAACCAAUAUUUGCCAUGGCCAUAACGAUCCAAAGCAAGGUAAAUGGCAAGCCCGUUGAGCGACCAACUUUUUUCUCUUCCAAAGACAAAUGGGAUAUAGAGUAUACAUUUACUAUGUUCAAUAAACCGGAUCGCGCGUGGGCAAUCUACUCAGCAUGCCAGAGACGGAGGGAACUUAGUCUUGCCCUUGACGACGACGAGACCAUCGAAGAUAACGCGUAUCAGAUCCAAUUGCAAAGGAUUAGCCAGGAAGGCAGGGUGUGGCGCAAACGGCAAGAUAAGAUGGAGGAAGAGACAGGGACUAUUGUUCUACAAUAGACAAUGAUGGGUCUGAUGGAUUCACACAUUUUGGGACUAGGAGAUGUGACAAAAACAGAUACCUUUUUGGGACAUUUGGGUGUAUUUUCCUUUUGGUCUGUUUCCUUUUGGUAUAUUCAUUCUCCAUGUUCCGGCGUUUUCGUAUCCGAUUUUUCUUAUUCUCCAGCCCCCGCUGAUGAUAUAUACGGCACAUGGUUAUAUUAUCGGGUUUCUUCAUUUU